GUCCAAACCCCCAGAAAAGCCCUGCUGAAUCCUCACACCGUCUGUCAGCAUGGGGAGCGCUUGUUUUUCCCGGGACGUUUGUUUGUUUAUCCUCCUCAUAAAUACUUGCAGGGUGAUGGGGAAUGUCGGACUCGCAGAUGCAGACGAGUGUGCGGAGGGUUCAGAUGACUGCCACAUUGACGCCCUCUGCCAGAACACGGCCAAGUCCUUCAACUGCAUCUGCAAGCCAGGCUACAAGGGAGACGGCAAGCAGUGCGAGGACAUGGACGAGUGCGAGAACGACUACAAUGGGGGCUGCGUCCACGAAUGCAUCAACAUACCGGGCAACUACAGAUGCACCUGCUACGAUGGAUUCAUGCUGGCCCACGACGGACACAACUGUCUGGAUGUGGACGAGUGUCUGGACAACAACGGCGGGUGCCAGCAAGUGUGUGUCAACACCAUGGGGAGCUACGAGUGCCAGUGCACACACGGAUUCUUCCUCAGCGACAACCAGCAUACCUGCAUCCACCGCUCCGACGAGGGGAUGAACUGCAUGAACAAGGACCACGGCUGCGGCCACAUCUGCAGAGAAGCCCCGGGCAAAGGUGGGGUGUCGUGCGAGUGCCGCCCCGGGUUCGAACUGGCCAAGAACCAGAAAGACUGUACACUGACUUGUAACUAUGGAAACGGCGGCUGCCAGCACACUUGCGACGACACGGACACGGGGCCGGUGUGUGGCUGCCACCAGAAGUACGCCCUGCACUCAGACAGCAAGACCUGCAUCGAGAAAGAUGAGGCUGCAAUUGAGAGCUCUGAGUUCAAUGCCACGUCAGUAGCUGAUGUGGACAAGCGGGUGAAACGGCGGCUACUUAUGGAAACCUGCGCCGUGAACAACGGCGGCUGCGAUCGGACAUGUAAAGACACGGCCACAGGGGUGCGCUGCAGCUGCCCCGUUGGUUUCACCCUGCAGCCCGACGGCAAAACCUGCAAAGACAUUGAUGAAUGCCAGGAGAACAACGGCGGCUGCGAUCACUUCUGCAAGAACACCGUGGGCUCCUUCGAAUGCAGCUGCCAGAAAGGCCACAAACUGCUCACCGAUGAACGGUCGUGCCAAGACAUCGACGAGUGCUCCUUCGAGAGAACCUGCGACCACACCUGCAUCAACUACCCGGGCAGCUUUGAGUGCGUGUGCAACAAGGGUUAUAUCCUGUACGGCCUCACUCACUGUGGAGACAUCGAUGAGUGCAGCAUCAACAACGGGAGCUGUGAGUACAACUGCAUUAACACCCAGGGCGGCUACGAGUGUGUGUGUCCGCCUGGACAGAAACUCCACUGGAACAAGAAAGAUUGCAUCGAGGCGGUGAAGUGUCUGCCCAAUGGGAAGCCAGCACCUCGAGCACAGCUGACCUGCACCAAGAGCGGAGGGGCAGAGGUCUGCUCGCUGUCCUGCCCCUCCAACGCACUCUUCCUCGCAGACUCAGAGAACAGCUACACACUGAGCUGUGGAGUGCCCGUCCAGUCUGGUAAAGCUCCUCAGAAGAGAAAUGCCACCACUGCUUUACCCACCUGUGCAGACACUCUGGCCCCACCCAUCAAACAGAAGGCCAGGUUCAAGAUCAAAGAUGCCAAGUGUCACCUGAGACCUCGCAACAAGGAGAAACACAGAGAUUCAACCAGGCAGAACCUGCAAGGUGGCCAGUUCCCCUGUACCGACGACUGCCAAGUGACUUUCGUCAAUCUCAAAUGCGACUCGUCCAAGAAACGCAGACGAGGACGCAAAUCUCCUUCCAAAGAAGUUUCCCACAUCACGGCCGAGUUUGAGAUGGAGAUGAAGGAGGAGGAAGCCUCAGACUCCUGUAAUCUGGACUGUGUGCGGGAGAAGAUGAAGCAGAAGCUGCAGAGCGCCAUGAGGACGCUCAGGAAGUCCAUCACCAAACAGCAGUUCUACAUCCAGUUCUCUGGGACUGAGUACGAGGUGGCGCAGAAACCAUCCAGGGUACCAGAGGGCGUCGAGGCCUGCAGCACGGGACAAGUCCUACGAGAGGGGAAGUGUGCGAGUUGCGGUGUGGGGACGUAUUACAGCGGGGAGCAGGAACAGUGUGUCCAGUGUCAUCCUGGUACGUACCAGGACACGGUGGGUCAGCUGUCCUGUGAACCGUGUCCCAGCACUGAAGGACAGGGCAUCGCUGGCGCCAAGAAUGUGUCUCAGUGUGGAGGUCAGUGUCCUGCAGGUCAUUUCUCUAUUGAUGGGUUCCGUCCAUGCCAGCAGUGCACGCUGGGCUCCUACCAGCCAGAACCAGGCCGUGUCCUCUGCUUCCCCUGUGGAGGAGGACUCAUGACCAAGUAUGAAGGAUCUGUCACCUUCAGGGACUGUGAGGCUAAAGUGCACUGUGCUCCUGGUCAUUACUACAACUCCAGCACUCACCGCUGCAUCCGCUGCCCAGCAGGAACCUACCAGUCUGAUUUCGGGCAGAAUUACUGCAUCACCUGUCCCGGGAACACCACCACUGACUUCGACGGUGCCACCAACGUCUCCCACUGCAAAAACCAGCUGUGUGGAGGUGAGCUGGGGGAGUACACAGGCUACAUCGAGUCUCCCAACUACCCCGGAGACUACCCGUCCAAUGUGGACUGUGUCUGGACCAUCAACCCGCCACACAAGAGGCGGAUUCUCAUCGUGGUACCAGAGAUCUUCCUCCCCAUCGAGGAUGAGUGCGGAGACGUGCUGGUCAUGAGGAAGAGCGCUGUUCCCACCUCCAUCACCACCUAUGAGACAUGUCAGACCUACGAGCGGCCGAUCGCCUUCACCUCUCGCUCUCGCAAGCUCUGGAUCCAGUUCAAGACGAACGAGGGGAACAGCGGCAAAGGGUUCCAAGUUCCAUAUGUGACCUACGAUGAGGACUACCAGCAGCUGAUAGAGGACAUAGUGAGAGAUGGUAGACUGUACGCCUCAGAGAACCACCAGGAAAUCCUGAAGGACAAGAAGCUGAUAAAGGCCCUGUUUGACGUGCUGGCCCACCCCCAGAACUACUUCAGGUACACAGCACAGGAGUCCAAAGAGAUGUUCCCUCGCUCCUUCAUCAAGCUGCUGCGCUCCAAAGUCACCAGGUUCCUACGGCCGUACAAAUAGACGGAACCUCUCCGCUGCCCUGUUAAAGACCCCUCCCCCCUCCUCUACUUCCCCCUGCCUCUGUCAGCACAUUGACGUACCAGUUCUAUGACUGUCUUCUUUUUCCCGUGUUUGUCACAUGAUGCCUUUCCUCAUCUUUGACCCCUUUAACUAGUAACACAUCAUUAACCGCUCCUCCUCUCAUCCAGUAACGCUGCUCUCUCUGUAAGGUUUGACCGAUAUGGUUUUUUUUUAAAGGCCAGUGCCAAUAUUUUUUUAUAAUGUAGCAGAAUAUACAUGACGUGAUAUAUUGUGUGUAUAUAUUGUUUCCUUCAAUUUGAUCCUUUUUUUUUAUACCAAACAUUUACAAGUAUUGAGGUUUGUUUUUCUCCCAGUUGGGAUAAUGAUAGAAAAAAAUACACCUUCUACAUAUGGUAGGUGCAAUAUCUGCCCACUUUGGUGUUGCAGGUUUAAUAUUGAGUAAAAAUCAAACUAUAAAAUACUACAGAUGUGUUAAUAAUCAGAAAACUAACAAUAUCAUACAAAGUUAAGUAUCAUAAAUGUUUUACCAACCUGUAGUCAGAGGAAGAAGCUGCAUCAGAUCACUGGCUGGGUGUAGUUACAAGAAUGCUCACUGUUUGUUUAUAUGAACUGUUUGUUCAUGCUUUACUCAUCAGUAAUAUGCUGUUUUACUGCAUGAAUGGAAAGAACUUUGGGUUGCCUGGUUUGAACACAUGUUAAGGCCAAUGAAGCUUUCUUUGUCUCCUAGCUCAAAAGUUCAAAAGUGCAAAUCAAGCAGCAUUUCAACCUGGACAGUCUCAAGUUUGUCUUUGUCAUGCAUUAAAAGUAGUAUUUAUUUAUCUGUAAAGCAUGAAUAAAUCAUGCAUUAGCUCCUCCUGGAGUUAUUUAGGUACAUGUUAUUGUUAAAUGAUCCCCCCCCCCCAGUAUUUAAUAAAGGCCAGUAUCAGCAAACCAAUAUAUCGGUCAAACCCUAUGUCUGCACACCAUCUAUUAAAUCUUCAUCUCUUCCAGUCAUUUUCCACGUCUGUACCUUUCUUCCUUUCGCUCCUCUGCUUUUAUUUUUUAUUUUUUUUGCUCCGCUUUGUUUUCUGUGUUGUUUUUUAUGUUUUUGUGAUAUUUAUACUGAACAUGUCAGAACUUGCAGAAGCCCACAUCACAGACGUUCUAGAUAGAUGUACAGAUGUGCGAGACGAGUAAUGUUUGUGUGGAUAUGCACAGGUGUACAUGCAUGAUGUGUUAGGAUGUAGAGGCCCACACAGUGUACAUGGAUGUAUUCCCCGAAUUUGGAUUUCUAUAUUUGCCCCCCCCCCCCCCCCCCCCCCUCCUCUCCACCACCAAGAUGUGCACGAGACAGAGAUGAGAAAAAACAAUCUGUGCACUUAAAACACAUUUGAAAUAUGGAAAAAUGAAUUCAAAGAAAUGUCAAAGAGGGGUGCUUUAGCCAUUGGAGCACAGGGAAAGAUUAAAUGGGAUGAAUCACAAAGUCUAUAUUGUAAUUUUUUUUUUUUUUUUAAAUAAAAAAAAAAAAAAAGAUAUAUAACAAGAUGAGAUAAACUACCUGCAAGUAACAGAUUGUUACUUUAGAGUGAAAUGUAUGUGAUGUAACUAAUAUUUGGAACGUUAAUUGCACUUGAAUUUUAUAUUUUAAACUGUAGGAGAAAAAAAAAAAGAAUCUAAGUUACGUAUUUGUUACCUUUUUUUGUGUUGUUUGAAAUGUGCCACGUUUUGGCGUUGAGGAUAGAGAGAGAGAAAAAAAAAAAGCGUUGCGUCUCCUCUUAUCGCUCCCACUCCGUAGCUUGCAGUUACCCUAAAAUCUCUGUUACCGCAGCUUCAACCCCCAUUCACACACACACACACACACACACACACAUACAUACAUGAGGAAACAUCUCAAAACCUGACUGUAUGUUAAACUAAAGCGCACAGAGAAAAAGACAGCGUAUGCAUGGGAUCAUCUACAGUUACAGCUCCAUACAUCUCCCACAGCUGCCAGAGAGAGGAAGCGCCUCCAUUAACGGCUUCUUGUAUGAUGGCGCUCCAUACAUACUACUAUAUACCUGCUUCAAAUAUCUGCAUUCACCCCAGAUGCAAUCACUUUUCAUUAAACAGGAAGUAUGGUGGGUGUUUACUCUGCUUUUUCUUUUAUAACCCGACUAAAUGUUUCUGUGUCAUUCCCGUUGGUACUAAUAUGUCUAUGAAAUCCUUUUACCGCAUACUGAAGAUUGGACGCUAUAUCUGCACAAUGCGACUGGAGUUGAAAAGCGUAUGUUGUGACUGUGAGUGUUGGUCUGAAGGUGAAUGUAGUGGCAGGGACACGGUCUGAAUAAGAGUGUCUUGUGUGUCCAUAGCACUUGCAGCUCAACUGUUAGCCAGUGAACUAUAUCUCUAUGUUAUUUUGUUCCUAAAGAAAAGAUAAGAAAAGAAAAGCAAGUUCCCCCCCCUGACAGAAUAUAAAGAUGCAUUUAAUUGCGGUAGAGCUCGUGUAAUAUCCCUCACUGGUGUUACAGCUUCUAGUCUUUGUGCUGUGCACAAGGAAGAUGAGGAAGUCUCAGUGCUAGUUAAGAGAGUUUAGAUUAUAGAACCAUACUGGAGGUCUUUUGUGUGUUUUAGCCCUUUAACUGCAAAUUGUGUGCACUGUUAGUCUACUCUAGUACAAGUACACUGAAAAUCAACUGUAGGAAACGUGCAGCAUACUUGAGAUAAAUAAUACAUCACUGUGAACAAUUCCCUGAUUUCAUGUUUCUGUCAUACAGCUUAACUGUUUUUCUUCAGUGUGUUUGGUGUGUUUGAUGACAUACUAAAACAUACGUACAUAAUUAAACAGCAACUUUUUAAAUUAAGCCAAUUGAACCAAAACCUCCCGUUUCUAUAUUUUCCUUCCUGCUCAAUCCUGCUAAAUACUCAAUACUUCAUAACUUCCCUACUCUGUCUGCAGCUGUUAGUCCCAAUCCCAACAGUUCCUACUGAACAUGUAACUCUUCAGAUACAACUCAUAAAUACAUGUUUUCUUUUUUUUUUUUAAGGCUCAAUAAUUCCCUAAAACAGCUGCUCACUGUAGUUUUGAUCAAACUUAACAGUAAAAGGAGGAAAUAUUACAUUUAUUGGGGACUAUUUUAAUCCACAUGUGGUGCUUUAGGGAGCAGCAGGACAAAGUGUGUGUGAUUGAAUUAAAAAAAACUAAAGUAUGUGUGUUCAUGGUAAUGGAGGAACAUGUCUCCAAGUACAACAGUGUAUCUCACUGACUGCUGUUUACAUUUUGGACAACGCACACGAUACUUGUUAGUAGAUCAAUUAAAAAAAUAUGGAAUAUCAGCAGAUUUGGACAGAUUUAAUGAAACACACCCUCUGUACUACCCAGCUGAUUACUGUCCUGGCUGUCAGUGUAAUAUUACACAAAGAUAAUCCAUUUUACCUCAUUAAACCUGAUCUGACUUGUCUUCACAGAAUCCCCUGAUUUGAUAAUAGCGUCUCUAUGCUCUGAAAACAGUGUUGCUGCAUCGCUCAUAUUGUUCCUGGUAACACAUGUUCUGAUUGUUUUCACUUCAUUUAAUCAAACUGUGUUUGGCACUUUGGGAAAUAAGAUAUUAGCAACUGCUAGCCAAGAUUACAGUAGAAAGCACCACAUGAAAAUGGAAUU